AUGUUGGUCUUUCAAUUGACUGUUUCGCUUCUUGCUGGCCUCGCAAGUGCCGUUUCUAUCAAGAGGGCAGCACCUGUUGACGGAAUCACUGGAUACGCCACUCAGAAUGGUGGAACUACUGGAGGUGCCGGAGGAACCACAACCACUGUUACCACUCUUGCUGCUCUUCGUGCAGCUGUCACAGGAGAAUCCGCCAAAAUUGUUAAGAUUUCGGGUAUCAUUACUGGAGAUGGGGAGGUCGUUGAUGUCGGAAGCAAGACUACGAUUCUAGGAGUUGGUUCGAAUUCUGGCCUUACUGGGGGCGGGUUCCGCGUGAAGAAGGCAAACAACGUGAUUAUUCGGAACCUACGACUUUCGAAGUCCCCUGCUCCUACAGACUUGAUCUUAUUGCAGGAAGCAUCAAAUGUGUGGAUCGAUCAUAAUACUUUCUCUUCCGACUUGGAUCACGAUAAGGAUUAUUACGAUGGAGCUUUUGACGUUUCUCAUGGAAGCGAUUUUGUCACUGCAUCUUGGAACGUGUUCACCAACCAUUUCAAGACAUCGCUUGUUGGUCACUCUGAUAAGAACUCGGCUGAAGAUUCAGGCCACCUCCGUGUAACUUACCACCACAACUAUUUCCUCAACGUCAACUCUCGUUUGCCCUCGCUCCGCUUCGGUACUGGCCACAUUUACAACAAUUACUACAAGAACGUUGCUACCUCAGGAGUAGAUUCGCGCCUUGGGGCACAAGUUCUUGUCGAAUCUAAUGUUUUCGACACUGUUACUUCACCGAUUGCCACUAAGCUUCACGGUGGAUACGCUGUCCAACGUGACAACGUUUUGAUUAACACAACAAUGAAUACUGACCUCGUUGCCGGUACACUCACCACAGCCCCUUAUACCUAUUCUCUUGAUGCUUCAAACACCGUUGCUGCCACAGUAACCAAGAGCGCCGGAGCCGGAGUUAUCACUUUCUAA